AGGGAGGCCCAUAAAAGUGCAAAUAGCAGCUGUCUGCAGUUCUGGAUAUUUUUAUUUUUGUGUAACACGGUGACAUGGGUGUUAAGUCUACAUUUUAGUGUAAGUCAGGUUGACCCAGUUGCUGUGAAGGUAGCUGUUCUCCGUGGUAGGAAGAGAAGGGAAAGCUGUUGUUGGAAAGGAUAAUUUGGAAGCUCGACUUCCAUCCCUGCUGGGCAGUUUUUGGUGAAAUUGUCUGACUUUUGCCAGACUGCCCUACCUCAUCUGUGCUCUGAACCCUUCCAGGUAUGGAUCAGUCAACAUAAUUUGCACCAGGCCUUUCCUUCCUCAAGUCCUGGGAGGCUGCGUCCGGUGCUGCUGCAGAUUGCAUGUCAGCACCAAGCCCCCAGCUGCUGGUGGCAGCAGCCCAGCAGACGCUGGGCAUGGAAAAGAGAAAGCGGCUGCCGCGACCUAUCUGCCUUCAGUUGGCCGCACAGGUGCUGGCUGUGGCCCGGGGGCUGAAGCCAGCUAUGCUCUAUGAUUACAGUUGUGUAGGCGCAUCAGCGCUCCGGACCUACCUGGGGGAGCUUCGGGGGCUGGGCCUCCCAACCCCGGGACUCCACAUUCUUGAGAUUGGGGAACACAACUUGAUCGUCAACCUGGAGCGUGUGUGUCAGCACUUGGAGCAGGUGUUGUGUGGGGCCUCAGCCUUUGUGGAUGUGUCCGGCUCCCAGCCUCAGCCUUCCGUCUGCUCCCUGGACCAGCUUCCGGACUUGAAAGCCGUCGUGGCUGAGGUCAUCACCCACUUGCGGGGGCUGCAGCCAUCCCUGGACAUCUCUCACAGCAGGCUGGCUGCCUCACACUGGAAUCUCUGUACUGUGUUUGGCGUCCUUCUAGGCUACCCAGUUCCCUACACCUUUCGCUUGAACCAGGCAGAAGACAACUGUUUAGCCAUGAUUCCACUACGGGUGUUCACUGUUCGUACGUCAUGGCUCUUAGAUCAAGCUCUGGUCCUGUUCUCAUUUAGUGUCCCAGAGAGCUUGUUUCAAUCUCUGAGGGACAUUCUCAACACCUGGGAGAAGGACCUCAGAACCCUAUUCAGAACCCAGCAUGACUUUGCUGACCUCAGCAUCUCCACUGAAAUGGUUACCUUGCCAGCUGUGGCUCUGUGACUUUAUCCUCUCUUGUCCAAGUUACUCUGAAUGAUCAUCUCUGAGUUGGAGAGGGCAAAUAAAAAUCAACUUAGGUACUGAUUCCAGGUGCCUCGAGAACACUAGAGAAAAAUGCUAUGAUGAAUUGGCCACCUAAUUGCCAUUUGUACAUUAGCAAGUCUGUGUAGUAGAUAUUUCAUUUUUCACUCUGUAAGAGCUGGAAGGAAGGAAAUG